AUUUUUAUUGUCGACAAUUUAUGAAUAUACAGCAUUAUCAAUUGUCACGGAUAUUUUCUGUCUGUUUUAUGUCAAAUAGUUAUUUAACUUGCGGAAGACUUCUUUUUCACCCGGAAGUACUAAACUCACAACCAAGAAAAUAUUCCGAGGCAAAAUAGCAAUGGGGGUUACUUGUGUGUGCCAGGUGCCUGUGGCAGAGGGGAAGAGUGUGCAGCAGACAGUGGACAUCGUGCACAAGAAACUGGAGCAGCUGGGUGCUGUGAAGCAGGGCAACUUCUGCGUGGACUGUGAAACAUACCACGCAACAGGAAAUGUCAGCGGUCAGCCCACCAAGCUCUUAUACAUGAUGCACAACUCUGAAACCCCCUUGAGCUGCAUGGCUCUAUUUGAAGGUGGACCCUGCCUUAUAGCCGACACAAACUUUGAUGUUCUCAUGGUGAAGCUAAAAAGUCACUUUCAAAAUGCCAAAGGGCACAAGGUGGAGUGUCGUGGUACUAGAUACCGUUACUGUGACUUCUUGAUAAAAGUUGGUACUGUGACAAUGAGCUCCAGUGCCAGAGGGAUAGCAGUAGAGGUGGAGUACUGUCCAUGUGUCAUUCCAGGCGACUGCUGGAACCUCACAAAAGAGUUCAUGCAAUCCUUUCUUGGCCCCAGCGUCCCCGAACUGCCUUCUGUGUUUGCUGCAAAGCCUGAAGGACUCUUUGCACAAUCAGACGGUGUGGACACAAUGACUCAGUACCUGGAGUUGUUCAACAAACUUCGUAAACAGCAAGUCCCAGGAACCAACGUGCAUUGAGUUGUCAGUGGCAACAGAUACAUUUUUUUAAUGCAUGUAUUAAUUUUGCUUGAACUCUGGGUCCUGUGGAUCAGUAUUUUUUUCAAAGUCUGUUUUUCUCUUUCUGGAGCCUCAACAUUGCAAUAAACUGUCAUACUGGAUAAAAGCUUGUAUCUUGUAUGAAAGAGACUUAAUGGAGAACAGAAGCUAGACUCCUUUUCUGACCAAUUGUAUUGUGAUGAUCAUUGUAUAGUCAUACACACAUAUUUCAAAUGCCCUCUUGGUGGGGUUGUAACCUUCUCUAGAGACAGUUUUAGCUGAAACAUAACUGCGUUUUUCUGUUGGUUCAUCUUAUUACAUUUCCUGUAGUGGGUGGGCUUAUGUUUGAUUAGUUAAGAAAUUAAAACAAAUUAUUGAUGUAUGCACAAGGAUGUCUCUUCAACUGUGCAGACACCUGCAGAUGUCAGUGUUUAUUCAAUAGACCUUUUCAUUGUAGAGAUUUUGACUGGCAUACACUACCGUUCAAAAGUUUGGGAUCACUUAGAAAUGUCCUUAUUUUUCAAAGAAAAGCAUUGGUUUUUUUCAAUGAAGAUAACAUUAAAUCAAUCAGAAAUA